AUGUCGGCCGGAAUUAUUCUCGCGCCUGUGGGAGGGCUGGCACGCGCGGCACAUGCAAGGUACGUGCUACCUUCUGUCCCUCAAUCUUGGUCUGGUUCCAUUGGGCACGCUUUCAUCCAGGACAGCCAAAGGGGGGAGUGGGAUGCCUCUAGGGCUACUCCGUACAGAGUCAAGGGUCCUGCGUCUAGUGGAUCUGCUGGGGUUGGUGUCAUCGACCUUCCCCUUUCAAGCACCACAUCCGACACCAACUGGGACGCGUCUCCGAUGGAAAAGCCUCGAUCAAAAAUGGUCGCUGCAACCUCACUGUUGUUCGCCGAACAUGUUAUAAAUCACCACAGCCUCACACCUUUUCAAAGAGCAUCCUCGGCUUCUUUCCAGCCUUCUAACCAUCUACUUUCAUACAAUGAAGCCGAGUCAGUUAUUCCCCGCCCGCGGGCACCGACGGGGUUUAAUGAAGAACGUCUUACCGCGGGAGAUGUCGCACGCGCUGUCAAAAGUCAAAACAUUGUCCUCUUCACACGUGUACGGCGCCCGCCGGAUGCAAGUGAUCGGCGGAGGAGGAACUGCCACGACUCAAGGAACUUCAUGAAAGGGACCUUUUUUCUGCCUCUUGGUCCGGCCCCCUGCCGGGCCCGAAUCUGUCAAAACAUUUCGGCCGGACUUUCCGAGGCCCGGACCAAGCUACCGGUUACUUGCAAUCCCGACCGGACGAUGCGGAAUGCCGUCGUCCGCUUUCACAUAUUCCAAUGCGAAGAAGGAUUCAUGAUGGAAGUGGUGAAACAUAGAGAGAAAGUAUCCGCGCUCGAAGAGCAAAUGUCAUUCCAAGUGAAGUUCGAAAUGCAGAACAGUAAAUCAUGCCGGGUCAAGAAUUGUCACGAUUUCGGCUACGCAUCAGUAGUCAUGUCGAGAGUAGAACUAUCUGAGGCCAACAUCACACAGAAGAAGAAGUUCACGAGAUUCUACAUCAUAAUGCAUACACGCCGAUUGGAGUACCAAUGUCUUGUGAUCAGUGGCAGUGGACGCAGUCUUGAUCUUUAUUACUCGAAGCCCUUCAUCAUCUAUGAGCGUGGCUGUUAUCAUCUCACGCACGUGAUGAAGUUCCUUGACGGGCGCAGAACGAGUUGUAUUGCUACUUCGACACAAUUACCUUGA